AUGACGAUUUUUUCCUAUAAAAUAAUCAUUAGUGUUAUUACUUUAAUCAAAUUUGAAGUAUGUGCAAAUGCUGAUGCUAAACGUCUUUUAAAUGAACUUAUGACAGAUUAUAAUAGAUAUGUCUUACCUGUACAAUCUAUAAAUCAAAAAGUUAAUGUAUCAUUAGGUUUAAAAUUAUCGCAACUAUCUGAUAUUGAUGAAAGAAAUCAAAUAAUGACAACAAAUGUUUGGCUCGAACAAGAAUGGACUGAUCACAAAUUAACAUGGAUACCUGGUCAAUAUGGUGGGAUCGAUGUUCUUGAAAUUCCCUCAUCAGAUAUUUGGGUACCAGACGUUGUUUUAUAUAAUAAUGCAGACGGAACCUAUGAGGUUAAUACAAUAACAAAAGCGCAUGUAUUUUGGAAUGGAACAAUAAAAUGGAAUCCUCCUGUUAUAUAUAAAUCUUAUUGUGCUAUAGAUAUUGAAUAUUAUCCAUUUGAUGAACAAAAUUGUAGUCUUAAAUUUGGUACAUGGACACAUAAUGGAAAUUUAGUUGAUCUUCAUCAUAAAACAGGCGAUAUUGUGGUUGAUUUUGGAGUUGAUCUUUCUGAUUACUAUCCAUCUAUCGAAUGGGACAUUCUUGCGGCCCCUGCUAUUCGCCAUGUUGUUCUAUAUGACUGUUGCAAAGAUGAUCCAUACUUUGAUGUAACAUUUUCAUUACUUAUUCGACGUAAACCACUUUUCUAUAUGGUUAAUCUCGUCAUUCCUUGUAUAAAUAUUGCUUUUCUUACAAUUUUGGUGUUUUAUUUACCUAGUGAUUGUGGUGAAAAAUUAACAUUAUCCAUAUCAAUUUUUGUUGCACUUCAAGUUUUUUAUCUUCUUCUAGUGGAUCUUAUACCGCCAACAUCAUUGAAACUAUCUUUAUUAGGUACAUAUUUACUUUUUACAUUGGUGCUUGUUAAUGCAUCUAUAUUUAUAACAAUAAUAACAUUGAAUAUUCAUUGGCGUCAUCCAAAUACUCAUCAUAUGCCUGAGUGGGUAAAACGAUGGUUUUUUGAAAUUAUUCCGCCGUUUAUAUUCAUGUCUAAACCUCAUAUUGCUGAUGCUUUACUACGACCAAAGCAAAUUAAUGGCGAUAAUGAGUCAACAACAUCACAAAAUGGUCAUGACAUGCGCAAAUUAAAUAGUUAUUUAAAAACAAUGUCAAUUGAUAAGUAUCCACCUAUAAUUCAACAAGCAAUAAGAGAUAUUCGAUAUAUAACCGAAACGCAACGUGAAGCUGAACAAGAUAAUCUGGAAAGAGAAGGUUGGCGAUUUAUUGCACUUGUCAUUGAUCGGUGUUCUUUAAUAGUAUUUAUUUUUUUAACUAUAAUUGGUUCAUGUAUCACUCUAUUAUCUGCUCCGUCCAUACGUAAUAAAGCUGAUCCAAUCGAACGGUUAUAUUCACACCAUUAUAAUGCACAUCCAAGUUAA